AUGUAGAUCAAGUUAACGUAGACGUAACCUAGACUCACUGUAUUCCGGACACUUUCGACGCAAGACACUUCCCAUCUGAUCCGGUGGGAAGCCUAGCGAGAGGCGUUACUAUGUUGGGCAGGGUGCUCCUGAGCAGAGGCAUCCAUGCCCACCGCAUCUGUAAGAAUGUGACUUUCUACAUUAACGAAUCGGCAUCUCCGGUCUCAAGAUGUCAGACCAAAGCAUCUGAAGAUCAUACACCCGUUAUGUUGAUACUGCCGUGGUUGGGUUCGCGUCCUCAAGCAGUGGCCAAAUAUUGUGAAAUCUACUUCCGCACUGGCUUUGAUGUGCUUGUAGUGGAGAGCGAGGUGCGAGAUUUCCUGUGGCCUCGCCGGGGCCUGGAUAAGGGAAAGUGGUUGCUAGAGUUGCUCCAGAGUGAACGCUUUGUGUCCCGCCCACUGCUUGUCCAUGCCUUCUCUAUCGGUGGCUACACAUUUGCUCAGCUGCUGGUACAUGUGUCCCAGGACACACAGAAAUAUCAGGCGCUCACACAGAGGAUCAAAGGUCAAGUCUAUGAUAGCCUGGUGGUGGGCUCUUUGGAUACAAUGACCAUAGGUCUAUCUAAGACUGUAUUUCCACAUUGGGAGAGACUGGUAAAACAAGUAAGCCAGUUGUACUUUGGUAUGUUCAGACGCCAGACGGUGGAUUACUAUAACAAAGGCUUGGAUGUGUUUUUGAACAAUCCCGUCACCGCUCCUGCACUGUUCUUCUUUUGCGAGAAUGAUGCAUUGAGCGACCCACAAGCCAUGAAGGAGUUGAUUGAUCACUGGCAGAAGCGUGGGAUGGACAUCACAGCAAAGAAGUGGGAGGACUCGACACAUGCAGGCCACCUUAAGAGGCAUCAACAAGAGUAUCUGACCACCCUACACAUGUUCCUCCACUCACUUCACUUUGCCCCUCUAAAGGCCAAGAUGUAAGAUCAUUUCAUAACAACACAAAGCCAUAUUCACUUGACUUUUCUGUUUUGGCUGAAAUACAUUAAUUUAAUUUAACAUCGGAAAAUUGUAGGUCAUCCAGGAUUUUAUAUUUAUAUGCAUACUUGAAGUUUAGCCAACUGACUGGCUUUGUUGGGCUUGAUUGACGAGUACAACAAUGACAGUUAUUUGAGUGUUUGCUAAUAAUAUUGCCGAGAGGAAGCAUAUACACCAAGUACUUGGUGUAGGUGGAGUAACAAUACAGUUACAAAAUGGGGUGCUAGUGUGACAUGCAAGAAUUUAGUUUAUUGAUGUAGUUUGGAUGAAGUUUCAUAAAGCUUUCUUUCCGUUGUGAGUAAAAUGAUUUUAAGCUGCAGGGUUUAA